GAAGAGACUUUUACUCAUACAUAUGACGUCAGCGAUAUCUGGGCCAAAAAUUCUUUCUCCUUUCGCAAUCAUUCUCUCUCACUUCAAAGAGAAAGAUAACAUUCUGCUUUAUUUAUUAUUUAGAUAUCCACAGUAAAUAUUUGAGAAUGCCGAAAGGCCCUAGAAGUCCGAGCUUAACAAGCCAAGAAAGUAGUUAUUCUGCAGUUAUUAUUGCUGACAUGGUCGCAGAAGUACAGCAACAACGUCAGGCUGACUGCAGACGUUUUUCGCAGGAAAAGAAUGAUUCUGUAACGAAUGGUGGUAAUAUCUCGAAAGGAGUUAUUUUAAAUGCGUUACAGUUUAGACAAAAUGAGGAAAAAAUAAAUGAAACAAGUUUCAAAGAGGAAUUAACUGAAAUGUCAUCUUUGAGAAAAGUGGCUUUUGGCUUUUCAUUUUUACCUUCUAUAAUGUUUGUAUUAUGUUUUGCUGUUAUAUUUCCAUGUGAAAAAAUUUUACCUUGCGUCGAUUUGAAAUGGAAUAUUCAUUUGAAUGAUACUGAAAUUACUUCAAACUUGUUAGUACCGAAGAAUGUGCUUUUUACUUUUUCCAAAGAAGAAGGAUUCGGUGUAAAAAGUUUAAAUGAAUUAACAGGCGAUAUUGUUUGGGAAAAUAAUUUAACAUCCUCUUCAGAAUUUUUAGAAUGUGGAAAAUUUGCUUAUCCAGAUAAAGAAUCAUGUCUUCUUAUGGACAAUAUUGGAACCAUGUAUCUAUUUGAUCCCUCGGAUGGCAGAAAAAUAUGGGAAAGAAAACUGAAUCUUAGCAAUUUUUCUUUAACUGUUCUACCCGAUUGUAAUAAAGAUGGACUUGAUGAGAUAGCUGUUGCUACGUCCAAAUCACAAAUUAGAAUUCUUUCUAUGAGAAAUAUACAGAUAAAAGGUUGCGAUUCUAUUCCUGUUCAUUUAAUGGCCUGGAAGAAACAAAACGAAACUGAUCUCAUUUUUAUAUGCCAAGAGGGAGAAAAUGAAACGUUGAUGAAAAUUUCUCAAGAAGAAUGGUGUAGAAGUGACAAAAGUGAAAUCGCUAAAAUGUCAACUCUAACAUCAGAAAAAGUGGGAAUAUUAUCUCAAUCCAAAUUUCUAUCAAUAACUGAAGGAUUAAUUUUAUGGAAACAUGAUUUUGUGACAAUGUUAAAAAAUGAUGGUCAUCAGCUGUGGUCUCUACCAACCUCAAAUCAUAGUACCAAAAACCGUUUUCUUAUGAGUGGAAAAUUUAGAACAGAUAAAAAGGAAGUUUUUUUGUAUAGUAGUGACAUUUCUUCCAAUUUUCAGGUGACUUUGCUGAGUGCUGAAACUGGAGAGAUGAUCGAAACAAAAACUAUUCCUCAUCUUGAAUUAACAGAAGCUAUGCUUAUUCAUGGAGAAAAAUCUGAUUUUAUAUUAGGACUUAAAAAGAAGCCCUGUGAAAGUCUGAAAAGUCAAAUUUCUGCAUCUGUAGUAAAUAUUUUGACAAAUAAAGAAGUAAUUCCAACAAGAAUAACUGAAGAGAUUACACUAAUGGAAAUGGACGGGAAUGAUCUGAAAACAAUACUAUCUCAACAGUUGGAUUACGACAAAAGUGAAUUAUAUGCAUCCAGUUUCACAGUUGUUCUGAAUAACGAUGUUGUAAGACUUUUUGUUACAACACAACCACAAAUUAGCCAUUUAGCAAAAUCAACAGCGAUCAAAAGUAUAACUCUUUCGAAUUGGGAUACAUCAACAGAGAAAUCAUCACACUGUGUUUGGAAAUACUUAUAAAAACCAUUUAGUGAAAAUCAUUAAUUGUUCUUAUGACUGUAUUUUGAUGUUUAAUAAAUAUUAAUACGAGCGUUA